AUGAAUCACCUCAAGGAAGUCUUUGCUCACUGCCAGUCAGAGGGUCGUCCCGCCCUCGUCACUUACGUGACGGCUGGCUUCCCCACCGCGGAGGAGACCCCAGAUGUUAUGCUGGGCAUGCAAGCUGGUGGCGCUGAUGUCAUUGAACUCGGUCUCCCCUUCACCGAUCCCAUCGCCGACGGUCCCACAAUCCAGAAAUCAAAUCUGAAGGCCCUCGAGAAUGGAGUCACAAUCACCUCCAUGCUGGAGAUGGUCCGCACAGCUCGCAAGAAGGGACUAACAGUUCCCGUUCUCUUCAUGGGCUACUAUAACCCUAUCCUUCGCUAUGGACAGACCAAACUGUUGACGGACUGCCUCGAUGCCGGAGUCAAUGGCUUCAUCAUUGUGGAUCUGCCUCCCGAGGAAGCCGUUCGUUUCCGCAACGGCUGCACCAGUGCUGGACUCUCCUACGUCCCCUUGAUUGCCCCCUCUACCACCGAGGAGCGCAUGAAAUCUCUCUGCAAGAUUGCCGACUCGUUCAUCUACCUUGUCUCCCGCAUGGGCGUGACGGGCGCUACAGGAACCCUUAAUGCCGACCUGCCUGCCCUCAUCAAGCGAGUGAAGGACCUGUCUGGCAAUGUGCCUGUGGCUGUUGGAUUCGGUAUCAGCACUCGCGAGCACUUCCUCAGCGUCACGUCGGUUGCGGACGGCGCAGUCAUCGGUAGUCAGAUUAUCAACGUUCUCCAUGACGCUCCCGCUGGUGAGGCUGCCCGCGCUGUGGAGGAAUACUGCUAUAAGAUUACCCAACGCAAGGGUAUUGCCCGACAAUACCAAGCUUCUACUUCCGGCCAACAACAGGUGAACGGAACGUCUCACAACGAGGCGGACGGUGAAGAGACCGCAACCACCGAAGGUUCCGGCAAAUUCGGUGUCUUUGGUGGUCAGUAUGCCCCCGAGGCCCUUACCACAUGUCUGGCUGAACUCGAGGCUGGGUUCGAGGCGGCCGUCAAGGAUCCAAAGUUCUGGGAAGAGUACCGAUCCUACUACCCCUUCAUGAGCCGACCCUCGAGCUUGCAUGCCGCCCAGCGGCUCACUGAGUACGCGGGGGGCGCAAACAUCUGGUUGAAGCGAGAGGAUCUCAACCAUACCGGCUCGCACAAAAUCAACAACGCCCUUGGCCAGAUCCUGGUGGCUCGCCGGUUGGGCAAGACCGAGAUCAUUGCCGAGACCGGAGCAGGCCAGCACGGUGUGGCAACCGCGACGGUCUGUGCCAAGUUUGGCAUGAAGUGCACAAUCUACAUGGGAGCAGAGGAUGUCCGUCGUCAAGCAUUGAACGUGUUCCGCAUUCGCCUCCUCGGUGCUACAGUGGUUCCCGUGGAGGCUGGCGCCCGUACUCUUCGUGACGCCGUCAACGAAGCCUUCCGCGCUUGGAUCACUCGCCUCGAUACGACUCACUAUAUCAUCGGAUCGGCAAUUGGACCUCACCCCUUCCCUACCAUGGUGCGCACCUUCCAGAGCGUGAUCGGUGAUGAGACCAAGGCGCAGAUGGCCGAACUCGGCCAGAAGGUGGAUGCUGUGAUUGCUUGCGUGGGUGGUGGUUCAAACGCCGUCGGCAUGUUCUACCCCUUCUCCAAGGAUCCUUCGGUCGAGUUGGUCGGUGUCGAGGCAGGCGGUGACGGAGUGGACACCGCCCGACACUCCGCCACUCUGGGUCGCGGCUCUGUCGGUGUGCUCCACGGUGUGCGCACCUAUGUUCUGCAGGAUCAGCACGGGCAGAUCACCGAGACCUACUCGGUCUCGGCUGGUCUUGACUACCCCGGUGUGGGACCCGAACUCGCUGGUUGGAAAGAGAACAACCGCGCCACCUAUCUCGCGGCCACCGAUGCGCAGGCGCUCGAAGGCUUCCGUUUGCUGAGCCAGUUGGAAGGUAUCAUUCCCGCUUUGGAGACUUCCCACGCUGUGUGGGGUGCCAUUGAAACCGCGAAGAGGUUGGGCCCCGGCAAGAACCUGGUCAUUUGCGUCAGUGGUCGUGGUGACAAGGACGUGCAGAGUGUAGCCGACGAGCUACCCAAGCUGGGACCUCAGAUUGGUUGGGAUCUGCGGUUCUGA